GAGGGCGGAGCGCAUCCCAAACGGAAGGUGGUGGUUGUCGGUGCUGAACCUGGUUUGAAGCUGGGGGUCGGGCCCGGCCUUCGUUGUUUGUCGCCGCGGCCCCGCUUCCGGAGUAGGCCGUUCCUGCCCGCCCCCUCCCCGCCUCCCUUCUGACCCUUGGGUCCCAGACCCGACUCUCCGCCUGACUCCUGCUGCUCCCGCCGCAGCCCGCUGUGGACCCGGCCCGCACUGCGGCCCCGCCGCCACUAUGUCCCUGCACGGCAAACGGAAGGAGAUCUACAAGUAUGAAGCGCCCUGGACCGUCUACGCCAUGAACUGGAGUGUGCGGCCCGACAAGCGCUUUCGCUUGGCGCUGGGCAGCUUCGUGGAGGAGUACAACAACAAGGUUCAGCUUGUUGGUUUAGAUGAGGAGAGUUCAGAGUUUAUUUGCCGAAAUACUUUUGACCACCCAUAUCCUACCACAAAGCUCAUGUGGAUCCCUGACACAAAAGGCGUCUAUCCAGACCUACUGGCGACAAGUGGUGACUAUCUCCGUGUGUGGAGGGUUGGCGAAACAGAGACCAGGCUGGAAUGUUUGCUAAACAAUAACAAGAACUCUGAUUUCUGUGCUCCCCUGACCUCCUUUGACUGGAAUGAGGUGGAUCCUUAUCUUUUAGGCACCUCAAGCAUUGAUACAACUUGCACCAUCUGGGGGCUAGAGACAGGGCAAGUAUUGGGGCGAGUGAAUCUUGUGUCUGGCCAUGUGAAGACCCAACUGAUCGCUCAUGACAAAGAGGUCUAUGAUAUUGCUUUUAGCCGGGCCGGUGGUGGCAGGGACAUGUUUGCCUCUGUGGGUGCUGAUGGCUCAGUGCGGAUGUUUGACCUCCGCCAUUUAGAACACAGCACCAUCAUUUAUGAAGACCCACAACAUCACCCACUGCUUCGCCUGUGCUGGAACAAGCAAGACCCUAACUACCUGGCUACCAUGGCCAUGGAUGGAAUGGAGGUUGUGAUUCUGGAUGUCCGAGUUCCCUGCACACCUGUUGCCAGGUUAAACAACCACCGAGCAUGUGUCAAUGGCAUUGCUUGGGCCCCACAUUCAUCUUGCCACAUCUGUACUGCAGCGGAUGACCAUCAGGCUCUCAUCUGGGACAUCCAGCAAAUGCCCCGGGCCAUCGAGGACCCUAUCUUGGCCUACACAGCUGAAGGAGAGAUCAACAAUGUGCAGUGGGCAUCGACGCAGCCUGACUGGAUUGCCAUCUGCUACAACAACUGCCUAGAGAUACUCAGAGUGUAAUGUCAGUGGCUCUGUGCCCACGAGGCAGGGGUGUGUGUGCUUCCCACCUCUGCCCCAUCCCCAAAGUAAGAAGAAACAUGUUUCCAGUGGCCAGUAUGUCUUUUGUUGCUUUGCACCCACUGUUACCAGAAGCUGCUUUAGGAGUUCCUGGCCAGUCACCCCACUGCUCUCUGUGCCGGACUCAGUGCUAUGUGGCGCCUCCUCAGCCCAGGGCUGAGUUUUAAGAUUUUCUCUCCUUUCUUCUUCUCCUUUGGUUCCUCAAUUAAAAAUUUCUGUAUAUUUGUUUGUCAGUUGUCAUGUUAAUGAGCAGUCCAAGCACUGGCUGUGUUUGUACUCAUCUGUCCCAGAUGUCUCCGUCUAUUUGCUGCCCAAGGCAGCAGCCCAUGUCUUGUCCACGUCUGUGUCCGUGUUAGCACUUAUGUGGGAACAAACAGCAAUCUGAAGUCGCCUCUCCUCCUAGUAUCAGUGUCUUUAACAAAUUUCAACUUUGUAUAUUUUUUAUCAGGCUAAUUUUUUUAUGAAAAGAAUUUUACUCUUCCUGGCUUCUUCCUUUGUUUUAUAGUUCUCCCUCUUUGUACCUUCCUCUCUUCUCUCAGUGCCUAGUGCUGGUACUGGGUCCCUGACCCCAUGAGCAGUUUGCCUUCUUGAGUCACUGCCUGAGUCGUACAUACCUGACCGGGAGUCCCAAACCACCUUGGUGCUCUGAAGUCCAUCGACUCAUCACACCUUUUCUUACCUUGGCUCUUCUCAAGGGCAUUCUGGGCUCCCAGUCAGGCACAGGAAGCCUGUUACACCCUGAAGUACCACUCUCCAGCCCCACUGGUACCCACCAGGAACAUGGUAGAGCUGAGACAAGCAGGUUGAUUGUGGUGUUUGACUUGAGGGGAAUAGUUUCGGGAAGCUGAACUUAGAACAUAUUUUUAGUACAUAGUUUUAGAGUCUGUUUUUUCCUCUAAAAAUAAGCUCCAGGCUGUUCCAGUUCAUGUUAAAAUGAUAGGCAAGAGUGAUCUCUGAGCUAAAUUUUGGUAUUUCCGUUGAUUGAGUUUACUCUGCCUGGUGAUAUAUUGGCUACUCUUUGGGUGCUCUGAGGUGAGGGUUCUCUCUGAUAGGCACACAGUCUGUGCUUCUGACCCUGAACAACACCUAUAGAGCAUAGGGACUGACAGCUGUCAUGAGAGGUGAACUAACUGGCUGUGGCAACCACAGGUCAUCAAGUGACUUAGCUAAAAAGAAUCAUAGACCCCACGGUCAGCCAGUCAAGAGUCCCACCCAUACCUGUCAACCCCUUCUGUCCCCAGUUGAGGGUUUGAGCAGUAUUGGACUUAUAGGCCACAGGCAUCUUUCCGUUACAUAAAAGCGUUCCAUGGAAGGGGCUUCAGUGUGAUUCCGGUGUCAGAUGAGUUUGGGAUAUGCUCUGGGGGGAGAGUCCGCCAGGUUUGUCAUGCUCUGCCUAGUGCCUGAAGAUUUUUAAGGCCCUCUACAUUGCUCAUCUGUGAUUAGGAGAAUAGCAGGCCUUACAGCUGAUGGUUUUGUCCACUUAGGCUCCCACCUGCUUGAGAAAUAAAGCAGUUAACUUCAUUCUUCUGGGCCUUUAUACUCUUUUGUUAUUGAGUCUUCCUUUUCAGAAGCAGAUAUAAUUGUAUGUCAAAAGUCAUAGCUCUUUGCUUUACCACACAGGGACUUCUCCCAAAGAAAAAGACUCCUUUUUUAGUCAGGGUAUUCUUUUUUACUUUGUGGUUCUGAUUGGGGGCUUUUUGGCUGGCCAGGUACUUGAGGUGGACUCUGGUCCUUUACCACCAGAUUUGUACUGCAUUAUUUGGAGAUACAAAAUGAGCAGUUCUUGGUCAGAACCCUCCUGUGCUUUUCAUUGUGUUUGAUAAUGGUUACUGGGUCUUUCUCUCAAGGGCAGUAAGUUUGAGUUGGUGGCUGCUUGCUCAACGAGGCCAUGAUUUCCUUCCUGUGGGGAAGGGUCUGAAAUGGAGGUAGGAGAGCUAGAAGGGGUGGUCCUUCUGGGGCACAACUUACUUCCACUGAAUUCUGAGUUAAGAUUUUUUUCCUGAUCUGCACUUAUUCCUGGUCUGAUAUUUGUCAACUAGAACUCAAAAACAAAUUUAAAAAAAUUAGUUAAUAAUAACGAGAAUCUAUUUGGAGAAAAUAGCUAUUUGCUCUGGACAUCAGUAAUUUUUGAGGUCUUAUCCCUUGCCCUGUGGACUCCAUCCUUGUCGUCGUCUUUCCUUGAGCCCUGCAGUGCAGUCCUCCUCCUGACGCCUCACCUCCCUAAGCAAACACACACAUGCUUGUGUUUGCUAAUCUUUUGAAGAUACAGCUGUCUUACCCUCCCUUUAUACCGUAGGCCAGAUGACCUGUGGCUGAGGAGUGGAGUUUUGUAGUCUUGGAAUUUAGAAAGCCCCUUAGCCAGCCUUGCUUACGCACGGAUCUGUUGUCACUUCAAAAGCAAGUCUCUGUUUAUUUUUUUGAGGCUCUCAAGUUGACAGCCAGUGAGACUGAGUGAAAGGCCCUCGAUCUGCCCUCCCUGAGUGAGAGAGGAGGAGCUACUGGCACUUCACCAGGAGGAGCUCUAGCUCAGCUAAUGGUGGUCCUUUUGCUCUUGGCAAGCUGAGCCAAAGCUGCCUAUGCUUUAUUGGUCUGCUUUGAGGAAGGGUGGAGAUGCUGAAAUAAAUAAUGAGGACUCAGGUCUCUACCACCAGAGAGCUGGAGAAAGACUCCAAGUCAUUCAGAGACUUGAGUUUUUACAUUCAGGAGUGAUGGAACUUCUUCUCUUCAGGAAGGAGCUUAGCCUACAAGGUUAGAACUUGAAGAGGAAAGAUAACUUGAUAAUGAGGUGAGAACUUCUUACCAGCACCUGGAUCAGCUCUCAGAGAACUAGCUAAGAUUCAGGAAGAAACAGAAGAAUUCAGAAUUCUCCAAAGUUUUGAUAGUAUUUACAUCUGAAAUUUUAGGAGAUUGAAGAUGCAGGAGAAAAUUAAUGGUAAGUGUUUUAUUAGGUCCAAGGGAGAGAUAUGGGCUUGAAGGUCUGAGGUGGUGAAGCAUUUAGACUGUUGUAUGGUUGUGGUGUGAGAUCAAGCCCUCAGCCUGGGUCAGCCUUUCUAGACCAUGUCUGGGGCAUCUGUGAUGCUAGGUCCCUGUGGGGACAGGAUGACAGCUCAAGGCAAAAGCCUGUAGCUGUUGGGAGUCCCAUAAUCAUUCCAGACCAGGUUCUUCUUGGCUGUAGGUUUGUAAAGAACAGAAGCAGAUUGUAAACAGUCACACAGACUUUUACUCUUCCUUUUGUUUUCUCUUCCUCUUGCCUUUCCACUGUAGAACUUUCUCCCUCCUGCAACCUGGGCCUUGGAUUCCUAGGCUGUAAGGACGUGUAAGAGCUGCAGGGUUUGCCAAACAUGGGAAGGCAGCCCAGUACUGUUGUCUCUCCACUUUUCCCACUUUGAGAAUAUGGGCCUGGCUUGGGGUGCGGAGACCUUUGAAGUGGGAGCCUUUCCAUUUACUCUCUGUACUCCAGGACAAGGAAAGAGGAUCAUGCUUGGUUUUCAGGUUGGGUUUUCUUGAGAGCUGAGCUGAGCAGAGCAAAGUCACUGUGAACCCUGGACCAGGCUCUGGCUAGGUCCACUACUGAGAGUGUCUGAUGUUACAGAGUCUUGCCCACCUCACCCCCAACACCCUCUCCUUCCACAGUUGUCACUGCUGCUCUUGGUCAAAGUCAAAUGUGGGGCCACAUGGGGUGGGCCAGGUCCUCCCAGGCUAUUUUCUGGAUGUCAUCUUUUAUAUAUGGAAACACGCAGGUGCCUUCCCAAGAGGCUUGGACUGGUGUAUCCAACCAGUAACAAAUAAGCUAAAGAAAGUUUGAACUCAAGAUGAAAGAUGUUGACAGUCUGUGUAACAGCUGGAAAACUUAACAGGCACCCACUCUGGGACAACGCAGUGACUAUAAACUUGUGAUACCUACUAUUUAAAAGAAAUGUUCUCACCUUGGAUUGAUUGUGGUAUACAGUGUGUUAUGAAAAUUGUUUAGCUGAAGCUUUGAACUGCUUUAGUCGAGUAUGAAUCACUUACUUUGGUUCCUGUGUAUUUUAUGACCUCUUUUGCCAGUGACUUUCCCUCCAACCCUGAGUGUGAAUUUGUAGCAUGAUUGUAUAAACCUCUAUGUAGAAAAUGGAGAUUUCUUGCUCUCUGAAAUGUUAAGCUCUGACUGAUCCGCUUCUGUGCCCUUUAGCCUAGUGUGUCUGAAUUUACUUUCCUAUUAUAUAUUUAAACUUUCCCUGUAUACUGUAGGUUUUGUGGCAUCCCAUGGUCAGGUGGAAAGGAAGCUGCCCUUUGCAGAACUGUACUGUAACCAUUUUUCUUUUAUAAAUAUUUUCACAGGACUUACUGUACACAGGGCUUGUAAUAAAAUUUUAACACUGUGCUGUGAAAUGAUGACGGGGAAUCUCCAUUGAAGUCUACUUCAAGGGCACCUGAAAGUGGAGUGUUAUUUCUAUGGCUUUAUUUCUUGUUUCCUGAGUACAUUAAGCUUAAUUUUCACUCUUUCAUUCUGUUUCAGCCUCCUGUAUAAGAAGUACCAUAUUUUCUGCCCAUCAUACUUUGUAAUAAAACUUGAACAUGUA